CCCACGUGUCCUUUAUGGGCGGAAAAGAAGUGUGCUUAAAUGCAAUGCAUGGGCCGAGAUAAAGGCAAGAACAUAGGGAGGGAGCGGUUGGCAUCCGAUGGGGAAGUGUUAAAUACUAGUAGUAUGGACUAGUGCGUGGGUGUGAGAAGAAAAGGUAAGAAGCCCAGUUUUGUUAUGAUCCAAAGGGCAGAAGAAUGAUGGAAGAAGAUAGAAGGCAGUAAGGUAAGGGGGCAACGCAAUGGUAAGAGAAUGAUGGUGAAACCUCCUGCAUGGCUUGAAGCCCUAAUCUCUGAGUCCUUCUUCGCCCCCUGUGGGCUCCACCAGUCUGGGAGGAAGAACGAGUGCAACGUCUUCUGCUUACAGUGUUGCCUCCCCAUUUGCCCUCACUGCCUUCCAUCUCACCGCUCUCAUCCUCCUCUUCUUCAGAUUCGACGCUAUGUUUAUCACGACGUGGUUCGCCUCGCCGAUCUCGAGAACCUCAUUCACUGUUCUUAUAUUCAGCCUUACACCAUAAAUGGAGCCAAAGUGAUAUUCCUGAAUCACAGGCCACAGUCUAGGCCUUGCAAAGCCCCUUCCAAUGUCUGUUUAACUUGCGCCAGAAUUCUUCAACACCCCUUCCAUUUCUGUUCCCUCUCAUGCAAGGUGGAUCACAUGGUGUUUGAAGGGGCAGAUCUUUCCACCAUUCUGCUGAGGUUGGAAGAGUCGGAUUUUGGGUUUUCACAAUUGGAAGGGCUGCCGAUGGAUGCCUCCCAACUCACCGACGACGACGACGAUGACGACGAGCACGCCCAAAUCACGCCCAAUACUUUCUCGAAGAAGAACGCCAGUGGCUUCCUCCCUCCAAUUGCUCUCUCUUUGGGUAGCCGGAGAAAGGGGGCUCCCCAAAGGGCUCCACUGUCUUAGACUCUAAAAUAAUUCAAAAAGAGAGAGAGAGAGAGAGAGAGAGAGAGAGAGAGAGAGAGAGACACACACACACACACACACACACACACACAUGUUUGUUGAUUGUUAGUUAGUUAGGUGUUGUUAAGCUUAGGUUUCCCUGUCACAGUGUCUGCCUGUUUGUUUCUAUUCAAAAAUCCACAAGAAAUCUAAAGCUAAGAGCAAUUCCAUUGCUAAGGGAAUGUUCGGGAGCUUGGCUCUCAACACCACCAAUUUUGUGCUCCAUCAUGCAAUGGAAUUCCGACCUAUCUUUAUAUGUAUGUUU